GUCCCUCGUUUCGUAGGUUUGUUAAUAGGGGUGUGUGGUAGUUCAUUAGAGAUGUCUCACUUACUGCAGGCAGGGGAAAGGGUGAAAUGGGGCCGGGAGAAAGCACUAAAGAGAGCGGCCGUGGUGCUGGCCGCUGCCUACUGCCUUAAGACCAUCUAUCCCAUUGUGUGCCGGAGGAUGCGACAGAAGGAGAGCGACAGCAGCCCGUGCAGACAGUCACCCCGCGACACCUCUUCUAAAGGCGGCCACAAGCCCAGCUCCCCGGCCGUCAAUGCGGAAUUCUACCGGCAGCUGCUGGAGCUCAGGCGGAUCCUGUUCCCGAAGCUGGUGAGCAAGGAGCUGGGGCUGCUGUCAGUGCACUCGCUGGCGCUCGUCUCCAGGACCUUUCUGUCCGUCUAUGUGGCGGGUCUGGACGGCAAGAUAGUGAAAAGCAUCGUGGAGAAGAAUCCGCGGCGCUUCCUCAUGCAGCUCAUCAAAUGGCUUCUCAUUGCCAUCCCGGCCACCUUUGUGAAUAGCGCGAUCCGCUACUUGGAGGGCAAACUGGCGCUGGCUCUGCGCACUCGCCUGGUGGAUCACGCCUACCAGACCUACUUUGCGGAUCAGACUUAUUAUAAGAUUAUUAACAUGGACAGCAGGUUGGCCAAUCCCGACCAGUCUCUGACUGAGGAUAUCAUGAUGUUCUCCCAGUCUGUGGCACAUUUGUACUCCAACCUCACUAAACCCAUCCUGGAUGUGGUACUCACAUCUUACACCCUCAUCCAGACUGCCAGGUCCCGAGGAGCCAACCCCCUGGGGCCCACCCUGCUAGCCGGCCUGGUGGUCUAUGCCACAGCCAAGGUGCUCAAGGCAUGCUCCCCGAAAUUUGGCAAAUUAGUAGCUGAGGAAGCCCACAGGAAGGGAUACCUGCGCUAUGUGCACUCUAGAAUUAUAGCCAAUGUGGAAGAAAUUGCCUUUUACAGAGGUCAUAAGGUAGAGAUGACUAAACUUCAAAAGAGUUAUAGGGCUUUGGCUGGUCAAAUAAAUCUUAUCUUAUCCAAACGUCUUUGGUAUGUCAUGAUAGAACAAUUCCUGAUGAAAUAUGUUUGGAGCAGCAGUGGGUUGGUGAUGGUCGCUGUUCCCAUCAUCACUGCAACUGGCUUUGCAGAUGGUGAUUUAGAAGAUGGACAGAAACACGCCAUGGUGAGCGAACGAACUGAAGCUUUCACUACAGCCAGGAAUCUACUGGCUUCAGGAGCUGAUGCCAUUGAAAGAAUUAUGUCUUCAUACAAAGAGGUCACAGAAUUAGCUGGCUAUACAGCCAGGGUAUAUAAUAUGCUUUUAGUCUUUAAUGAAGUUAAGAAAGGAAUAUACAAGAGAUCUUUAAUCCAGGAAACAAAAAACAACAAUAAGAACAAGGAGAAAACAGAGCUGCACAUUGAUGGGCCAUUGGAAAUUAAAGGUAAAGUAAUUGAUGUUGAGCAUGGAAUCAUUUGUGAGGAUGUUCCUAUAAUAACCCCAAAUGGAGAUGUGGUGGUUUCCAAGCUAAAUAUUAAGGUAGAGGAAGGAAUGCAUCUUCUAAUUACUGGACCCAAUGGCUGUGGAAAAAGUUCUCUAUUCAGAAUUUUAGGUGGACUAUGGCCAGUUUAUGGAGGAGUUCUCUACAAACCUCCACCUCAGAAGAUGUUUUAUAUUCCACAAAGACCAUACAUGUCCAUCGGAACACUGAGGGAUCAAGUAAUUUAUCCUGACUUACUGGAAGAUAUGCGUGAGAAAGGAUAUCAAGACCAAGAUCUGGAACGCAUUCUUGACAUUGUUCAUCUAAACCACAUAGUACAAAGAGAAGGAGGAUGGGAUGCUUUUACAGACUGGAAAGAUGUUUUAUCAGGAGGUGAGAAGCAACGGAUGGGAAUGGCAAGAAUGUUCUACCAUAGGCCGCAAUACGCAUUGCUUGAUGAAUGUACAAGUGCUGUGAGCAUAGAUGUAGAAGGAAAGAUAUUUCAAGCUGCAAAGGAUAAUGGAAUAAGCCUUUUGUCAAUAACUCACCGACCAUCCCUUUGGAAAUAUCACACUCAUUUGUUGCAGUUUGAUGGAGAAGGAGGGUGGCGUUUUGAACAACUGGAUACAGCUACACGUUUGUCAUUGAGUGAAGAAAAACAAAGGUUGGAAUCUCAACUUGCUGGAAUACCUAAAAUGCAGCAGAGACUGAAUGAACUGUGUCAAAUCCUAGGCGAAGAUUCAGUGCUUAAAAAAAUCCAAGCAGAGGAGUAGCUGCUCCAGUUAAUCGCUAACUUUUAAUAGGCUGCAGAUCAGGGAUGUCAAAGCUGCAGCCCUCUAGCAUAAGUGAACUACAACUUCUAGAAUCUGUAAAAAAGCUGCUUGCUAAGGAUACUGUGGGCUGAGGUUCACAACUACUGGGGUGGAUGGGGUGUAAAACGUGCUGCUGAAACUAAAAUGUAUGCAGAAUUCAAGGAAAAAACCUGCCACAUGGCUUUGUUUUGUUUUUUACUAUUGAGCUAUAUUCUAUAGUAUGCAGCAAUCUUAUAUUUAUGGCUCAUUCUUACGUUAUGGGUGAUACAUUACAUAAACAAAUCAUCCUUAAAACAUGGACACAAACUCAGUUUAUUUGCAAUAACAUUGUAAAUGAAACCCUGAUGUUAUUUAUUUUAGAGUGCCUUUAGAUUACAUCAGACAUGGAGUGGUGCAAGUUUAGCAUGACGCAUGAGGAUUUUCAUUCAAGGCAUUAGUGAUGAUAUAUCUUGCAUUGCACAUAUGGUAUUCAUUGAGCUUUGAGAAGACAACAACAUUUGCCCUACCCGUGUAGAUAAUAGCUACCAUGUAGGAUUUAACAUUUAGUAGUCUACUUGGGUUAUAGUAGUGUAAUUAAACAUCUGGUAGCUAUGGAUAACUGGCUGUGUUGUGCUUGUCAGUGUGGUAGUGUGUGCCUUGUUCUGGGUUGUGCUGGAGGGGCAGGGAUGCAAGUGCUAAAUGGAGGUGGAGGUGCAUCCCUUACUGCUCCAGCAGUUGCACUCCUGCCCAGAAUAAAUGUGACCUAUGAAUUGAUAAAUGCAGUAAGAAGUGGUAUUAUCCCCAAAAUCCAAAGAACCAAUUUGUUUGAUUUUAAAUAAUUGUUUUUAGUAGCCAUAAGGCAGUGUGCUGUACACAAAGUUAACCAAUAAAACCCAGGUUACUAAUAAACCUGUAAUAAGUUAUUUUUGCUACUGAUAAAUUGAGAUUCUAAAGUGAAAUAAAUUAUUGCCUCAAAUUUUAGGCAAUAACCUGUUUUUUUUUUAAUAGAAUGAACCCCUUUGAAAUCCUGUAAAUAAACAUUCAUUAUCUUCCAUACAGGAAGUUAACCUUAUAGAGGUAGCGCCUCCCGCUCCUAAAAUGAAACUGAUUAAGUGAAAUAAAUGUAGAAUUGCCUCUGCAUGAGACCGUUUCCUACAGCCUCUUCCUGAGAUGUGGCUAUGCUUGGCACAGAAUGUUUGCAUGGAUCUGCAGAAUACUUGGCUUGCUGAGAAUGACACCAAUUACAGAAAUGGUAUGGCAAACAUAGAAUGGGCAUUCUAUGAUACCUCAUAAAUGUAAGGUUUGCAUUCUCAGCAAAGGUAGUAGGUUUGUUUGAUAUUAUUGCUUUCAGUGUUGUCCAAAUAGCUCCCUUUUGACCAAAACAGUAGCAUGUGGUUGGAUAGUUUUAAUGCUCAGUCGACUAAUAAUGCAUUAUUAGAUGUCCGCAAUAAAAGCAUGAGUUGCAAGGCACUGAUAUGCCAAAUUACAAGAAGAUAUAAUACAGUAUUUUCUCCACUGAUAUAUUUUUAAAUUCCAUUAAUAUUUCAUUGCACAACUGAUAUAAAAGAUGUAUAGUGUUAUACGCAAGUGUACAACAAUGUAUGUACAUACGUCAGAAACCUACAAGACUAUAGCACAAAACGAAUCGUCUCUGGCUUAGUCGCAUAUAAAUGAGUUCUAAUAAGUUUGAAGUUUGUUAAGGAAAUGCAAAUCACAUUUAAGCAAUAUUUGAGUAUAUAUUUUUAUAUACAUAAACAAAUAUAGUUGAAAUACACAGAGAGUAAAGGAAAUAGGCUAUAUAAUUAUACUUUUAUGUAUCGACUAAUCAUUGUAUAUAUAUAUAUAUAUUUUCAUUUGUUUUAAAUUGCAUUGCCUUUAAAUGCCUUUAUAUGGCCAGCAAACCUUUAACCCUGCCACAAACAAAUAUAAUGUUAAAUAUAAUAUUUAUUUAAAAAAUAAAUGCAUUCAAGGCUGAAGUCUCCUGAAUAUACUUGGGUAAUGAAGUGAAUUCUGAUCAAUUUACUCAUCUCAAAUGUUCUCUUACCUUAUUUACAUACAUUUUGCAUUCUGGUCUAAUUGAAGAAACUGUGCACAAUGUGUGUUAACAAUAUGUAUGAAUGCUCAAAAUAGUUUCCCUAAAUUGCUCCACCCAAUUCAAGACAGGAAGAAAAUGGUGAUAUCUUCAAAACUUUGAAUAUUCUUAUCCUAUUUAGACUCAAUCUCCUACUAUUUCUCAAAAUAUUUCUCAGUCAGCAGAAUUCAUCAUAUCUCAAAAAAUGUUGUUUGAAAAAAAAAACCAGAUUACAUCAUUAGUUGCAAAUAAUAAACUUUAAGAAUACUCCAUUAGCAGUGCGCUCAGUUGGAUGUACAAAUCCCAACAUUGACCAUUAAUAAAGCGCCCUUUAAGAGUCCGAUUUACCAAAGUGGAAGUGGAAAAAAACACGAGUGCAGAAAAGAAAAAACAAUAAAAGUACUCAGUUUCUUUACCCAAGCAAGCAAUAGCUUGUUUCAGAAAAAAUAUAGUCCCAGUUGUAAUUUGUCACAGAAAAAAGUCACAAAUAAAUGAAAAUUACAUGGUUCCAUUCAUUUACAAUGGGACUGAAAAUCUUGAAUGUUUUAAUAAAGUGGGCAUAAAAAUUUAAGCUUCAGAAAAUACUGGUCAGCCUUCACUUGCCAAAGUCAAAUUCAAAUAUAUUCACUUUUGGAUAUCUGCGUUUGAGAAAAUAACACACUGUCAUGAAUAUUGUGACUUUUCUUUUUUAACUUAAGUAUUUUGUCACGGAAAAAAGCCACACAUAAUGAAUGAAAAUCAUAUUCAUAUUACUUUUUUUUCACUUGAUGAAUCUUUUUCUCUCUGAAUUCAAUCUGGCCCUUUAUUUCUUUAAUAAAUCCUGAAUAUUCAAGCAUUCGAAAUAUAUUCUUGAGAAUAUUCAUGUUUUUCCUGCAUUUUGAAAAAAAAAUCAACCUCAAGUGUUGAUACAUCUGCCCCUCUCUGUGUAUGACCACCUUUAGUAUUUUAUCUGAUAGAGAACUUUUUAUAAUAUCCCUCCCAACUGACCUGAUGUAGGAGGGACAAAAGCUGUUUACAGAUCCGUGGGAAGAUGUUUGGGUGGAUUAGUGUAAGGCUGGACAUAACUGGGCAUGAACAGCGUAGAGGCCAUAAUCCUGUAUUGGAAAAAGGAAACGUGGUAUGGCUUACAAUAUAAUUAUAAGUGGCAGUAAAAACCGUGGGCUGUGUAGAAAAUGUAAGUUUGGUGGAUUAAAAGGAAAAACUACCACCAGUGACAACUGUGAGCUUUGCAAUUGUAGGGCAAUUUAAAAUGUGUAAAUGUUGAUUUCAUUUAGAAUCCUAAAUAUAUAUUAAGCAAAGACAGCUCAUGUAACCUGAACAGCACAGACAGCAGCAUGUAUUAUUUAGUAACCUUGUUUUUUUUCUGUCCUGACUGCCUGCAUUAAAGUUUCAUUAGGUUACAGUAUUACUGGCCUCUCAUUUAAAGGAAAAAUAUUCCCUACGUCAAAUUUUAGAGCUGUGAGAGUUUUUUUUAAUACCUCAAAUGAACUCAAAAUGCGAAUUAUUUCCGACUGAAGAAAAAACUCAAAUGGAAAAAACUUGAAUCAGUAAAUUCAAGGUGAACAACCCAAAAGCCCUAAUUGAUCGAGUUUUUCACGGGAAAAGACGAAUUGCUCGAGUUGAUCGAGUUUUCGAACAAAACCCACCGAAAAAAACUCGAACAUCAUGACGACUAUUAACAUCUUCAAAUGGUUCAAGGGACCUCUGCUAUUGAUUUCUACAUGAACUUGACAGGUUUUAGCUGGAGUAUUUUUGGAUUCUAUUUUCAGCUUCAGGGUAUAAUAAAUCUAAAACAAUUUGUGGUUUUUUUUAACCUGAAAAUUUGGGUUUUGAAUUAAAAAUACCCUUAUAAACUUGAAUUUUUUGGGUUUAAUACAACCCAACCUUUAAUAAAUCUGCCCCUUAAUGUACACAGUAAUUAUGAGCUCAUGUUAACUGACCAACGAUAUUUUGGUAGAUUUGUGUUGGGUAUUUUUUUGUUGUUGUUUUGUUUUCUAUUUAAUAUAAUUAUAAGAUUCAUUUUUAUAGAAAUAUUUCAAGGAAAUGAGUUAUCCGAUAAACAAGUACAGUAUUAUGAAAAGCUGCUUUCUUGAUAUUUGUUUGGAAACUGUGAAGAUUAUCUGUAUUACUGUACUUCUAUGUAAAUUAUUACAAUGGCCCAUUAAAUACAUCCUCCAAA